ACCAAGUGACCAAGAGGAGAUGAAGGUGCUACCUGCCUCUGGCCUUGCUGUCCUUGUCACAGCUUUAAAGUUUGCCACUGCAGCCCCCAACCUACUGGCAGCCACCCCUAGGACCUUCAGGAGCAACUACCACCUUGCACAGGCCUAUCUUGACAAGUAUUAUACAAAGAAAGGAGGCCCCCAGGCUGGCGAGAUGGUGGCGAGGGGAAGCAGCCCCAUGGUCAAAAGGAUUAAGGAGCUACAAAUGUUCCUUGGCCUCAAAGUCACUGGGAAGUUGGACCAGAAUACAAUGGAUGUGAUCAAGAAGCCUCGCUGUGGAGUUCCUGAUGUAGCUAACUACCGCCUCUUCCCAGGUGAACCCAAAUGGAAAAAAAAUAUUUUGACAUACAGAGUCUCUAAGUACACACCCUCCAUGAGACCCACCGAGGUGGACAAGGCUAUACAGAUGGCCCUGCAUGCGUGGAGUACGGCCGUUCCUCUGAAUUUCGUUAGAAUAAACUCUGGGGAAGCAGAUAUCAUGAUAUCUUUUGAAACUGGAGAUCAUGGGGAUUCCUACCCAUUUGAUGGGCCUCGAGGGACUUUGGCCCAUGCAUUUGCACCUGGAGAAGGCCUGGGAGGAGACACACAUUUCGACAAUGCUGAGAAGUGGACUAUGGGAACGAAUGGGUUCAACUUAUUCACUGUCGCUGCUCAUGAAUUUGGCCACGCUCUGGGCCUGGGCCAUUCCACAGACCCAUCAGCGCUGAUGUACCCAACUUAUAAGUACCAGAACCCCUAUAGAUUUCAUCUCCCCAAGGAUGAUGUGAAAGGGAUCCAAGCAUUAUACGGACCCCGGAAAAUAUUCCCAGGAAAGCCCACCAUGCCCCAUAUCCCACCUCACAAGCCAUCCAUCCCUGACCUCUGUGACUCCAGCUCAUCCUUUGACGCAGUGACAAUGUUGGGGAAGGAGCUUCUGUUCUUCAAGGAUAGGAUUUUCUGGAGAAGGCGGGUACACUUGCCAGCAGGGAUUAGGCCCAACACCAUCACCAGCUCCUUUCCCCAGCUCAUGUCCAAUGUGGAUGCGGCUUAUGAAGUGGCUGAAAAAGGCAUUGCUUUCUUCUUCAAAGGUCCUCACUAUUGGGUCACUCGAGGAUUCCAGAUGCAAGGUCCUCCUCGGACAAUUUAUGACUUCGGGUUCCCAAGGCAUGUGCAACAAAUAGAUGCUGCCGUCUACCUCAAGGAGCCUCAGAAGACCCUUUUCUUUGUGGGAGAGGAAUACUACAGCUAUGACGAAAGAAAAAAGAAAAUGGAAAAGGACUAUCCAAAAAACACUGAAGAAGAAUUUUCAGGAGUGAGUGGCCAUAUAGAUGCUGCCGUGGAACUGAAUGGCUACAUUUACUUCUUUUCAGGACCGAAAACAUUCAAGUAUGAUACAGAGAAGGAAGACGUGGUUAGUGUGGUAAAAUCCAGCUCCUGGGUUGGUUGCUGAAUCACCAGGUCUAGUCUCUCCACAGGGAUGAAGAUGGUUGUGGGCAACUAAUAACUGGACAUUACGCACCACAUAGUGUGUCAGAGACAUUCUUCUCCAGCCUUCA